UGCAAAUCCAUCCAGAUCCGUCCCAUUAAGGAAGUUAAUCGGGAUCAGCCCCGACAACCUGGAACCUUUCAGAGCUCCCGCGAAGCUGAAGCCGCGUGCCGCAUCGCAACGAACCUCGCGCGAAGCACCAAACACCACGAUCAUGUAAUCGCGCACCCUCUCACCACCCGCCCUAUUUUUUGCUCCCUCUCUACGCAAGUGCUACCACGUGAGUCAAUGCCGCAAUCAUGGACGCCGGCCCAGCGACAGCAGGCCUGCCUGCUGCCGUAGCGGUGUGGUCCGAGUUCAUCCGCCGCGCCCUCAACCGCCGGCUCGACCAGGAGAAAUUCGCCGCCUUCGUCCCGAUCCUCUUCUCGCAGCACCCAAUCCCGCCCGUCAUCCUCGCCGACUUCAUCCUCCGCCCUUCCGACGUCACCAGGUACAGCCUCGAUCCCCGCGCGUUCCUCUACCUGCAGGUGCUGCUCAAGCAGCGCCGCCUCGACAUCGCGUCUGUGCUGCGGGCGCUCUACAAAUACUCUUCCAUACACGAGCUGGUGCGGCCGCAGGAUGGCGCGUCGGCGGCGCCUGGGGAUGGGGCAGCAGAGGAGAAGAAGACGCCUGGGAAAUUGGUGAGGUGGCAGAACUCGUACGAGAUCGAUGAGAUUCUGCUUUGGCGCUUCGCGAAGGCCGUGAACGCAGGCACGGCCAUCACGACGGCCGAGACUGCCAUCCACGUGGCCAAGGUGCUGGCCAAAUGGAUGCCCUUGUUCACCGAGGCCGCCGCCAUUUUUUCGAGGGAGGCGUUCAGCUCGCUCCACGGCAUGCCGCCAAGGGACGAGACGGCGCGCGCCAGGAAUGCGUUUGCGCUUCUGGUCUUUGCCUUCAGUGAGAACCCGGUGGUGAUAAAAACGCUGAGCCGGCCCGCCUUUAAAGGCCUCUGCAAGACGCUCUCAGACAGCUUGGUGGCCUUCAUGCCGUGCAUAAUGCAAGUUAUGCCCGAGGUAGCCGGGGCGCUGGAACUGUUCCGGACCCAAACGCUCUGCAAGUUCCUGCCUUCGGAGAAGAAGGAGUCUGAGCUGAAUAACUACAUGGACAAUCUUAUCGGCUUGGAUAGCCUCCAGAUUCCUGAGGUGCCCGUCGUCAACACACGAGCCGGUCUCUACAUCUACCUCAGUGCUGCCCUUGUGGGGCGGCCGAUGCUUGAAGACAGCGCCCUGUUUACGUAUUUGCACAACAGAUACCAGGGUGAUGUGCAAUCAACCGCAGUGCAGCUCAUUCUAGCAUCCUUCGACCUCCUCGCAAACGCCGUCUUCCGCAACGAAGGACCCAGGACCGGCCACUUACUUAAGUCCUACGUGGUCAACAAAGUCCCCCUGAUUCUCGUCUCUCUCGCCGCUUCGUCGGCCGUAUACCCCUUCAACCCGGAGAUGUGCAUCACGGAAGCGUUGGGCCAGGUGGAUACCAACGUCUUCCCCACCCUGUCCGGCAUGUUCGAGAUGUCCAACACGGGUUCCUCCUUCCACGACUCGGUCCGCCAGGAUUUCUGCUUCUCCUGCCAGCUGCACGGAUUGCUCUCGCAGGCGGCGAUAGAAAACCUCCUUGGCGACAUCACCUACCAAUCCUUGCCGGACGAGGGCCGCUACGUGAAGGAGAUUCUGGUUCAAUCAUGCCUCCAAGAAGUAGACAGGACGCAGAAGCUGAUCGUCGAAUUGGAUAACAUGAACGGGAACGUGGGCGCCGCUGCUCAGGCCAUAAUUGAGGUUAUUGGCAAUCUCUGCCGAACGAAGGAGACGAUGACCCUGAAGCAACUGUGUAGCCAGCUCGCCGCCAAGCCCUUGUCACUGGACGUGCUGCUCCUUUUCGACAAGCCCCAGAAGAUCCUCCACCCGCUGUGUGAGCUGCUCGACAAUUGGGCAGGAUACGAAGAAGAUCAAGGCGAGUACCACCCAGUGUACGAAGAGUUCGGGUCCAUACUGCUUCUACUGCUGGCCUUUGUCUACCGCUAUAACCUCUCGCCCGCCGAUCUGGGCAUUCGGUCGCCGGACUCGUUCGUGGGGAAGCUGUUGAACGCGGGCAAUCUCUGCCGCCCGCUGGAGGAGCUCAACGAGCGAGAAAAGGCCCACUUGAACGGUUGGAUCCAUGGGCUGUUCGAUACCGAAGCCGGCGGCCUCGGCGACGACCUGAUGGCCUCAUGUUCGCCUCAGGAUUUCUACCUCCUGAUGCCCACGCUCUUCCAUCAGGUGGUCAUCGCGCUGAGCGCGGGGCGGUUGACGGACGACAUGCUAAAAUGCGGGCUUGAAUAUCUUGUCGGCGUUCUUCUGCUCCCGUCACUAGUGCCGGCAAUCCUGUACCUCUCGAAUCAGCUUUGGGUGGGCGGGCCCCAGAUACAGACUGCUAUCAUCAAGACUCUUCAACCCAUCCUUCGCCCCAGCUCCAUAUCGCACGAGGCGUCAACCAUGCUAUCUUCGGUCCUCAACAUCGUGGCCAAGCCACUUGAACACGCGCUUCGCUCCUACCAGCGCCAAGACCCCAAGUGCCAAGAGAUCGAGCCCCUGCUAGAGGCUAUCAGAGACAAUCUUGCAGUCUCCCGCCGCACAGGCGGCGCCGAUCACACCGAGCUCGAAUCGUGGAGUAGCAUGCAUGCCACCAACGCCACGAACGGGAGCGGAAUCACCCACGGCGGCCUGACCGCCGCCGUCCGACACACAGUCCAAAGCCUGGUCCAAUGGGCCCAGCAGCCGCCUCUCAACGGCAUGCCGGCGGCCUACACGCACCGUCAGACCCUCGCAGCGCUGAAAAUGCUCGGGGCCAAGCGGCUCCUCUCCAUCCUGCUCGAAGAACUCAAAUCCUUCGCCGACAGCCCGCAGGCGGGCAUUGCAUACGACGUCAUCACGGCUAUCAUCUGCGCGCCGGAUGUCACCAACGACCCCUCGCUCGCGAACGCCGCCACAGGUCCCCCCUCCGCCGCCGACGCCGCCGCCUCCUCCACCAACAACAACAACACCACCCCCGCCUCGACCCCCGCCCCGCAACAGCGCCGCAUCUCCCUCCGCGAGGCGCUCAAAGCCGAGGCGGACGACUGGAAGAAGACCAUGCGGAGCGACCCGGCCCUGGCCGAGACGGUCGUGCGGCUGCACCGGCGCGUCGAGGCGCAGAUGGCGCCGCCGCCACCGCCGCCGGAAACGACGGCCGCGGCCGCCAUGCUGCAGCCCGAGCUGGGCGGGCUGGGCGUCGACGUCGGGGCCGACGCGGCGGCGCUUGGGGACGCGAUUGCGGCCGCCGCCGCGGCAGCCGGCGAGCACCACGAUGCGGCGGCCGCGGCUAUGGCGCUGGACGCCGCCGGGCUGGAUGCUGCCGCUGGCGGUACGGUGCCUGAUCUGGGCGCGCUGGGAGGCGGCGCGCCGGCGGAUCUGGCGGCGCAGGUUGGGGCGGGCGGCGGUAAUGGUGGCGGCAAUGGUGGUGGUGGCGGCGGCGGGCUGGAUUUGAGCGGGGAUGAUAUCUUUGGCGGGUUGACGGGGGCUAGCGACUUUGGGGCGGAGUUUUCGGGGUGGGAUAUGGAUUUGGGGUGAGGUUAGGGAUGAUGUGAGGGGGGUAUGGGCGGGGCAUCUGAGAUACUGGAGGACGCGAGCUGCAAGAGACGAGUGGCGUUUAGGGAGAUAAAGCACUGUUGGAGUCUUGAUAUCGAUGUUUGAGUGCGGCAUGCCUACAUAUCGUGAGGCGUUUGUUUGAGUUGCCGCAACUGGUCGUGGGGGCUACUAUACUGUGUACAGAAUACAGUU